AUGAGCGAACGCAUAAGCACAGGCACCGGCACCGGCACAGACGUCGACAAGCCCGCGACAGAUCGACAUGGGCAUUUAGUGCACGCCGAAGUGGUCGACACGACCUUGAAAGCCGACGUUGUCCACAGUGAGAUCGGUCAGUCCAGUGUCGCAUACGGCCCCAACGGAAUUCGCGGUCUCUUUUCAUCGGGCUACGUGUUUGGCGCUGCAUUCGUGGCAUCCCUGGGCGGGUUCUCCUUUGGAUACGACCAGGGCGUCAUCUCGAUCAUCAACGUGAUGGACCAGUUUCAUUCGACAUUUCCGGAGACUGAGACUGCGUUUGGCACGGGGUUCAUGACGGGGAUGUUGUUAUUGGGGGCGUUUGUUGGGUGCUUGUUCAUGCCCUAUCUGGCUGAUAAAAUCUCCCGGAAAUAUGCGUUGACUGUUGUGGUCGUCAUCUUCAACAUUGGUGCGAUUAUUCAGACGGCUGCGCAGAACUAUGGGAUGCUGGUCACUGGGAGGGCGAUUGGUGGUAUUGGCGUCGGUACUUUGGCCAUGACAGCACCUCUUUAUAUCUCCGAAAUAUCCCCUCCGAACCUCCGUGGCACACUGCUGGUCCUCGAAUCCGUCUCACUCGUCACCGGCGUCGUCGUCGCAUACUGGAUCACAUUUGGUACUCGACUCAUGCCCGGCUCCAUCUCCUUCCGACUCCCUCUUGGCCUUCAGAUGGUAUGCUCGACGCUGCUGGGAAUCGGUAUCCACAUCUUCCCGUUUUCUCCACGAUGGCUUGCACUGGUAGGCCGCUCCGACGAGUCCCUGAUCAGCCUAGCCAGGCUCCGCAGCCUCCCCGCCACCGACGAGCGAGUCCAGGUCGAAUACCGGGGCAUCCUCACGGAGAUCACCUUCCAGCGCCUCGUCGAAGAACGAGCGCAUCCGGGUGUCAAGGGCUGGAAGCUCGAGGUGUACAGCUGGCUGGACCUGCUCAAGCGAAAGAACUGGCGGCGGACAGCCGUGGCUGUCGGCGUAUGCUUCUUCCAGCAGUUCUCCGGAAUCAACGCUUUCAUCUACUACGCGCCAACACUCUUCCGGUCACUUGGUCAGGACGAUGAGAUGUCGCUGAUCCUGUCUGGUGUCUUCAACGUCCUGCAGCUUGUGGGCGUCUUCAUUUGCGUUGUGACCAUCGACCGCGUCGGUCGUCGUCCGCUCGCCAUGUUCGGUGGGUUUGGCUGCGCGACCUGCUACCUCGUCAUCGCCGUCCUGAGCGGGCUCUUCGAGGACGACUGGCUUAACCAUACGGAUGCCGGGUGGGCGUGCGUUGCAUUUGCCUUCUUGUUCAUCCUCAUCUUCGGCGUCUCGUACUCACCCUUGGGCUGGACGCUCCCCUCGGAGGUGUACACCACGGCGUCGAGAUCCAAGGGCGUGGCGCUGGCAACCUGCAUCAAUUGGCUGUCCAAUUUCGUCAUCGGAGUCGCUACACCCCCUAUGAUGGAGACGCAGGGGUAUCGAACGUACAUCUUUUUCACGGUUUGGUGUUUCUUAGCGGGCGUUUGGGCAUUCCUCUUGGUCCCGGAGACAAAAGGGAAGACACUUGAGGAAAUGGAUGAGGAGUUCGGGGAUGGCCAAGAGCUGUACGAGCGAGAGCUCAUGAGAACUGCUAUUGAGACAGUGAGCCAGGGAAUUGUGGCGGGUGGACAGAAGGUCUAA